UUUUGUUGUUGUGUGUGGUGUACAAAAAUAAUUUAAAUAAUUGUUUUACGAUGAAAUACGAAUGAAUUUUGUUAUAAGAUUAUUAAUAUUUAGAUAAUUAAUAAUUGUACAUCAUGAGUAACAUAUACAUUCAAGAACCGCCGGCUCUAGGCAAGGUUCUCCUCAAAACAACCGCUGGAGAAAUUGACGUUGAAUUAUGGACAAAAGAAGCUCCCAAAGCAUGCAGGAACUUUAUCCAGCUGUGUAUGGAAGGAUAUUAUAAUGGAACAAUAUUUCACAGAGUAGUGCCAGGGUUUAUCGUGCAAGGUGGUGAUCCGAAUGGAGAUGGUACUGGUGGAGAAUCCAUCUACGGUGCUCCUUUUAAAGAUGAGUUCCACUCGCGUCUCCGUUUCAACCGGCGAGGGUUGGUGGCCAUGGCCAACGCUGGGAAGGACGACAACGGCUCGCAGUUCUUCUUCACGCUGGCUGCCACUCCAGAGCUGCAGAACAAGCAUACUAUAUUUGGGAAGGUCACCGGUGAAACAAUCUACAACAUGCUCAAACUAAGCGAGGGUCUGAUAGACCACGACGACAGGCCCGAACACCCUCAGAAGAUACUCAGCACUACGGUGGUUAUUAACCCGUUCACGGAUAUAGAGCCGCGGGUGACCGAGAAACGGGUUGACGAGGCCCCUAAGAAAAAGAAGAAGGAACGGCAAGGGGUUAAGAACUUCGGGCUGCUGUCCUUCGGCGAGGAAGCCGAGGAGGAUGAAGGCGAAGCGGUCGAAUACCGAGGGAAGCCGAAGUCGACACACGACUUGCUAGACGACCCGAAACUUAGCAAGAAGACUGCUGCCGAGCUAGAAUUAGAAUUAGAAGAGCAAGUGGACCAACAAAGCACGAGCGCAGAAGAUAUCGAGAAGAAAGAGAAAACAGCAGCAGCCGUAUCAAGUAUACGAGACAAAUUGAACGCUAAGAAGAGAGAUAGAACGCCAGACAAGGAGAGCAAUAAAAAGAGGAAAGAAGAGACAAAAGAAGACUCAGAGAGCGAGGGAGACGGAGAAUAUUAUUUGGGGAAAGAAAGAGACAUGGAAAGACAGAAAGAAAGGGAUCGAAUAAGAAACGAAAUAAAACAGCUCAAGAAAGAAAUGCGCGCGCCGAAAGAGGACAGCAAGAAAGAGAGCGAGACGGAAGAUAGCGAUAAAAAGAAGAUAGAAGAAGACAACGAGAUGUACAAGAAAUAUGUGGAAGAGCAGGAGAAGUAUAAGAAAAUGAAAGAGAAAAUUCCUAAAAAGGGUGCUGACAGAAGGCGAAGGUACAAGUUCACGAAAACGCCAAAACGAAAGCCAUGGGUGAAGAAUUUAUACGAAAAUCGAGAAUAUCCCGACAACUACACCGAUUCGAAGUUUCUGGAAGACCUGAGGAAAAACCUGUUCGUUCAAAAAGUGACUCUCAGUGAAGCGUUCUACGGUUCCUUUCGGAUUGUGUUUAGAAUGUGUUUGUGUGUGCUAUACGCUGUGCUAUUCGUGUACAUGUACAACGAUUACGUUAAUACCAAUACCGUUAUUUACGCCGGAAUAACGGUAACGGUAUUCUGUUAUUUAUUGUACGUCGUUUUUGAAGGAAGCGACCAGUUAAGGCAUGUGAGAACUGUGCUAGUUUAUUUAGUUUUAGGUUAUUUACUGUCACCUAUAGUACAUACUUUGACAGAUACUGUCAGCACAGAUACGAUAUACGCUUGGGCUGUCAUAAUGAUGUUGGUGCAUUUGAUAUUUUUUGACUACGAAGUAAAAGUAGCAUUAGUGUCUAAAUCUUUAUCUAUAAACGCGGCCAUUUUUGCAUCUGUUUGUCUAGUAUCUAGACUGGCAACACCGUUCGAUGCGUUCAUUUUGCUGACCGUAUCUGUCAUCUUUUUCGUUCUAAGCCCGCAGCUUUUCAAAGUGCUGCUAUACACAAGAUUGUUUACAUUCAUUUAUUUUAUAACGUUAUUAAUAACGUUGGCGAGUCUGUACACUGUAUCGGUAACGUUACUGUGUUAUUUCGUUAUUUUGGUGGGCAUUGUGAACGUGUAUUGCCCGGUUAUGUUUGUGAGAUGGCAGAAAUAUAAAGCCAAUAUUUAUGGGCCGUGGGACGAAGCGGUAAUAAAUGAUAGCGAUGAUUUAGAUGAAUGCUUGCAAAAUAUAUGAAGUGUCUUAGAAAUUAGAGGUCCAGCGCUUAAAUCAAG